CCGGUGAUGAUCGCCUUUCAUUUCUUCAUAAUAUGAGCAGCAAUCACUUUUUGAAUUCGCAACCCUUUGAAUCCCGAUGGACUUGUUUUCUAACUUCAACAGGAAGGAUAUUGGAUGUGGCUCUGGUACUAGUGCUAAAAGAUUCCAUUUUGGUUGUUUCCUCGAUAGAAAAGAAACAAAUGCUUUGGGAACAUUUCGAUAAGCAUAUCUUCCCUAUGGAUAACGUAUCUGUAACGGAAGAAAACUAUGCAAGUUUUGUAUGGAUUGGAAAGCAAGCAGUGGAUUGGAUUCAAAACUGGUAUCAACAACUAGGAAUGAAUGGAGACCAAGAGCAGUUCCAAGUCUUUGAUCAUACAAACCAUCCUAUUUACUUACUUCAGCAAUCCACUUUGGAACCCAAAUGGAAAGGAUAUCUACUCCUUUGCUCAGCUGAGGAUAUUCACAAGGUACAUGCAAGUAUGUCCAGUUUCCAAAAGAAAGGAUUUCUUCUAUUUCAUAUGGACAAGGAGCAUUGGGAAUGUUUGAGAAUAGAGAUGGGCAAAGGAAAUGUACUUUGCGAAUGGAGUGAACAAUAUCAUCCAUUAGAAGCUGGUUUAUGGCAUAUGGUUUCCUUUCAAAAAGGUUGUUAUCUCGGACAAGAAACAAUACUUCGACUGAAAACUUAUGGAGGAGUCAAAAGAUACUUGGUUGGAUGGUUUCUUGAAUAUCCAGUAGAAACACCCAGUCAUGUCUAUUGCCAAAAAAGAAGAGUAGGAAACAUUACGAGUUGCAAAACUAUACAGAAAACAACAACAAGAGAAUCCCAGCCACAAGACAUGACGGUUGUGAUAGGUUUAGGUUAUCUUCAAAGCGAAUAUGCUACUUUGGAAUAUGAGAUGGAUAAACCCUUAGAAAGGAUAGCUUCUAUACAAGAUUUGCCUUGGGAAUCAACUAUAUUCUUCUCUAAAGUACCUGGACAAACAUCCACUCCAGUAAAAUGUAUAGUUAGAAGGAUCGUCUUUCCUGUAUGGCACUAGAAGCGCUUCCUAAUGAUGAAAUAAAUAAAUGAACUGUGGGUUUUCAGG